ACGUUGCUAGUUAAUCGGCUGGAUUAUUUAGGAAUUAUUUCUUUCUGUAGUAUUGUAAUCUUGGAGAAAAGGGGAAGACCGAGGAGUUCACUAAACACUCAAAAUUAAGUUAUUCACCAUGAAACUAGCCGGCCUAAAAUCCUUAGAAUCAGCGCAUGACGACUCAAUAUGGGCGGCGACAUGGAUUCCGGCGAACGACACUCGCCCAUUCUCUCUCCUCCUUACCGGCUCCCUCGACGAGUCAGUCCGCCUCUGGAAGGCCGACGAUGAUGUCGUAUUAGAGCGCACCAACACCGGCCACAGCCUCGGCGUUGUUUCUGUUGCGGCUCAUCCUUCCGGAGUCAUCGCCGCUUCGGCUUCCCUCGAUAGCUUUGUUAGGGUUUUUGAUGUUGAUUCUAACACUACUAUUGCUACUCUUGAGGCCCCACCUUCUGAAUCUUGGCAAAUGCAAUUCCACCCUAAGGGUACAAUGUUAGCAGUAGCUGGAGGAAGUAGCACUUCAAUCAAAGUAUGGGACACCUCCACAUGGCAACUUGUUGCUUCGCUACAAAUCCCCCGUCCUGAAAGUAGCAAACCAAACGAUAAAAUUGCUACCAAGAAGUUUGUACUCUCAGUUGCUUGGUCUCCUGACGGUAGACGACUAGCUUGUGGGUCAAUGGAUGGGACAAUCUCUGUUUUUGAUGUUUCACGUGGCAAGUUCCUCCACCACCUUGAGGGACACCUCAUGCCUGUUCGAUCUCUUAUAUACUCUCCAAGUGACCCUAGAGUUCUCUUUUCGGGAUCUGAUGAUGCCCAUAUACACAUGUAUGAUGCUGAAGGCAAGAGCUUGAUCGGGUCAAUGUCGGGCCACUCAAGCUGGGUUCUGAGUAUUGAUGCAAGUCCUGAUGGUGGAGCAAUUGCAAGUGGAUCCAGUGAUAAAACAGUUAAGCUUUGGGAUCUCAACAUGCGGGCAGCUGUUCAAAGCAUGACCAAUCACUCUGAUAUGGUUUGGGGGGUUGCAUUUCGGCCACCUGGUGGGGCUGGCGUCCGGUCUGGUAGACUUGCGAGUGUGUCGGAUGACAAAAGUAUUUCUCUCUAUGAUUAUUCUUAGUUUAGAAUCUUUGGUUUAGAAUUUUGCUGACCUGACAGCCGCCUGGCAUUGUUCAUCAGAUAUAUUCACAAGCAUGCUUAUUAGAUCUGGAUUUGACUUUUUAUUUCUGGGUGUCUUGUUCUGUAUUUAUGUUUCGCAUAUUUGAAAUUGUUGGACUAUGAAUUUAGUUCGGCUUUACUCUGGA